AUGAAUCGCCAUGAAGGAGUCAGCUGUGAUUCUUGUUUGAAAAAUAACUUUAGAGGACGGCGAUACAAAUGUUUGAUUUGCAUCGAUUACGACUUGUGUGCUGCAUGCUACGAGUCUGGUGCCACCACAAAUCAACAUACCACUGAGCAUCCAAUGCAGUGUAUACUUUCACGAAGUGAUUUUGAUCUCUACUAUGGCGGAGAGGCUUUGGCAUUGGAACAACCUCAAGCCUAUACAUGUCCAUUUUGCAAUAGAAUGGGCUUCACAGAUACAGGUUUAAUGGAACAUGUCACUUCCGACCAUAAUGACACCACCGUGGCUGUGGUGUGUCCAGUUUGUGCUUCUAUGCCUGGAGGAGAGCCCAAUUUUGUAACAGAUGACUUUGCUGGCCAUCUCACUCUUGAACACCGAAGUGGACCUAGGGAUCUUAUCUCAUUUCUUAUAUCCUUUUUAAUAGACAAUAAACCUCAUAUAUUAAAUACUAGUUGUGCAGAAUUCAGAGCUUAUCUGCACGGCGGAGUACGUCGCAUGCCGGCUUCCGGACGUGGCUUCCAUCGUCCGAGGCGCAAUAUGCAAUUUAGCAGCGGCGGUAUCUCGUCUCUCUCCCCGUCGUCCCGUGACGCGGUGGUGGAUCCAAUAGCAGAAUUGCUCUCCCAGUUGUCUGGCGUACGGCGUGUGGCCGGUCAGCCUAACACGCCUAACCAGUUACAACAAUUGCAGAUCCAGUUGCAGCUUGAAAGGCAGCAGCAUGCGGCUCGGCAACAGCUAGAACGUCUCCCGCGUCGGCCAGCAAUGGCGUCGUCGAGCGCGAGCAAUUCUGCGCCGGCCACAGCGCAGCCGCCCUCACAGCCGCAGCCCACUGACAACACCGACUCGCAGUUCUUGCUCUCUGGAUUUCUGGGCGGCGCCGAGACCAGUGAAAGCGGGGAGGCAUCGUGCCGCGCGGCAUUGAUCCGUGGUCUGUUAAUGGCGUCACUGGGCCAUGCGCCACCCACAACAGCCACCCCGAGGCCGGCUCAGCCCACGCCUCGCGCUGAGCCCGAUGCCGCCCCGCCGCCCGCUCAGCCCCCCGAUACUCCCCGGCCCCAGCUGGCCGCCCCGGCGCAGCCUGUUCCGCGCGCCAAGCCACAACCACGCACAAAGGAGGCGGUUGCUCGUACACACGGAGCAGCGAGGCAAAUGCCGGAGGGGAGGUAG